UCGUGUUCCCAUGCAGCUGCCUCCGAUUAUGAGCUCUCCCUUGACCUAAAGAAUAAACAGAUCGAAAUGCUAGAGCACAAAUACGGUGGUCACCUGGUGUCUCGCAGGGCAGCCUGCACCAUCCAGACUGCUUUCCGGCAGUACCAGCUCAGCAAGAACUUUGAGAAGAUCCGCAACUCACUGUUGGAGAGCCGCAUGCCACGCCGCAUCUCUCUGAGGAAAGUCCGGGUCCAGAACUCAGAGAGCUUCUCCACUGAGAAAGCCUUGGUGGAGGGGUACAACUUUGUGGGCAUCCCAUUGGUGAGGUCCCCAUCUUUGCCAGCCACCAUCAGUGGGGCACUGACCGAGCUGGAGGACUCCUUCACAGAACAAGUUCAGUCCCUGGCCAAGUCUAUUGAUGAUGCCCUCAGCACCUGGAGCCUGAAGACCAUGUGCUCACUGCAAGAUGGGGGCUCCUACCAGAUAAGGGAGACCUUCAGUGCUAGCUCAAUGCAGCCAAACCAAGACUUAGAAUCUGAGUUGCAGGACAAGGAGAAGGAGGAAGGGCUCCUGCCAGAUACCUUACCCAAGAGCAGCAGCACUCUCAUGAUGGCUUUUCGAGAUGUCACAGUCCAGAUUGACAACAAGAACAUCUCUGUCUCAUCGUCUACCUCGGUGUCCAUGGCAAACUGCCUUGGCAGCAAUGCCCAGGCUGGGCUCUCUCAAGCCGCCAAGGCUGAAGAAAGCCCAGGAGAAGGGGAGGAAGAAGCCAGUGAACCACAGGCUGCCCCAGAGAGCUUACCUGAGUCCAGUGCUCUCCAGAACAGCCACACUUUCACCGAGGUGACUGUUAGUACUAACGGCACAGGAGACAGCAGUGCUGAGCCUGGGCAGAUGGCAGUGCAGAAGCUCCAGUUUGAUGCUGGCAACGAGACGGGGCAAAGCAAAGGCUCCGAGUCUGAGAACGCAGACAACUCAGAGCAGCUGAGCAGCAGCAGCACCUCCACUUCAGCUAAGUCAGCCUCUGAGGUGUCCUCGAAAGAAGCACUGCAGGCCAUGAUCCUCAGCCUCCCAAGGUACCACUGCGAGAACCCAGCUAGCUGCAAGUCACCUACACUUUCCACAGACACCAUGAGGAAGCGCCUCUACCGCAUUGGGCUGAACCUCUUUAAUAUAAAUCCAGACAAAGGGAUCCAGUUCCUGAUCUCUCGAGGCUUCAUCCCGGACACCCCCAUUGGGGUGGCACACUUCCUGCUCCAGCGGAAGGGCCUCAGCCGCCAGAUGAUUGGGGAGUUCCUGGGCAACAGCAAGAAGCAGUUCAACAGGGACGUCCUGGA